AUGUACGGUUUCAAAUGUUUAUUACUGCUUAUCGUUUUUAAUAGUGCUUCUUCAUCAACGAUACCUAUUGCUGGUUUCUUCAAUGCUGACAAAACAGAGCAAGAAAAAGUGUUUAAAUUAGCUGUUGAAAAUGUUAACAAUGUGAACCAAGACAAAAUAUUUCCUGAAGAUAGCUUAAUUUUGGAGCCGUAUGUGGAACAUGUAUUAUCUUUUGACAGCUACAAUACCAGUCGAAGAGUCUGCGACCUGGCAAUGGAAGGUAUCGGAGGAAUCUUUGGCCUGCACUCACCAGAGGCCGUUGGGAUCACAGAAUCCCUCUGUGACACAAUGGAUAUCCCGUUGAUCAAGACUUUCUGGGAUGUCUCAGCAAUGCCAAUGAAAUCGGCAAUCAAUCUCUACCCUGAUCCCAAAAUAUUAUCUAAGGCUUUGGUAGAUGUAAUUAAAGAUAUGGAUUGGACUAGCUAUGCAAUUUUAUAUGAUUCCGAUUUGGGCCUGCUCCGCCUCCAAGAACUACUGAAAUCCCAUAAAAGAGCUUACACCACAGAAGGGCAUGUUCCAUUUACUGUUUGGCAACUUGAACCAGAAGGAGAUGUCAGGCCUUUAUUAAAGCAGAUACAGAAAACAUCAGAGACACGAAUUGUUUUGGAUUGUGCAACGGAAAGAAUCAUCGAGGUGUUAAAACAAGCGAAACAAGUCAAAAUGCUUGGAGAUUACCACAGUUAUGUUUUAACUUCUUUGGAUGCUCAUACCCUGGAUUAUUCUGAAUUGCAAUUGGAUACAACUAACAUAACUACCCUUCGGCUUGUAAAUCCUCAACGCCACUAUGUCCAGAGCACCGUGCAAGACUGGGUUUUUUUCCACAAAUCGCUGUUGGAGGAUAAAGUACCGAUAACAGCAGACACACUAAAAACAGAUUCUGCCUUGACUUACGAUGCUGUUAAAGUAUAUUCUGAAGCUGUUCAGAAAAUAAGAAGAGACACCCAGGAAGAUGUCGAAGUAUCUCCACUGCUAUGUUCUCAACCUCAGAAGUGGUUAAAUGGUUCUUUGAUUAUAGAAGAAAUUAAAAAACUGGAAAUAGACGGAAUGAGUGGACCUAUUAAAUUUGACGAAUCAGGUCAGAGAAUAUUUUUUACUAUCGAUAUAACCGAGCUGACUAAAAAUGGUUUCAGAAAGAUCGGUAUCUGGGAUCCAGAAAGAGGUAUUUCUUAUACCAGAAGUGGAAGUCAAAUGCAAAAAGAAAUGUAUCAAAGUAUAAGCAACAAAACAUUUUUUGUUGUUUCAAGACUUGGAGAACCCUACUUAAAAGAGCUAGAUAAAAAUUUGGAAGGUAAUGCAAGGUAUGCCGGAUACUCUAUGGAUCUCAUCGAUGAAAUAGCAAGGGACCUCAACUUUGAUUAUAAGUUUUAUUUGGCUCCUGAUGGGGCUUAUGGCUCAUUCAACAAAGAAACCAAGCAAUGGAAUGGGCUAAUCAAGGAAUUGAGAGAAAGGAAAGCUGACCUUGCUAUAUGUGAUUUGACUAUAACCUAUGAAAGAAGGAGUGCAGUCGACUUCACUAUGCCGUUCAUGAAUCUUGGAGUCAGCAUUUUGUACAGCAAGCCAACAAAGCAACCACCAGAUUUAUUUUCAUUCCUGUUGCCAUUUUCAAUCGAUGUAUGGACAUACAUGGCCACUGCGUAUUUAGGCGUUUCUCUUUUACUUUACUUUUUAGCGAGGAUCUCUCCCAUGGAAUGGAAAAAUCCUCACCCAUGCAACAAAGAUCCAGACGAGCUUGAAAACACUUUGGCUAUAUACAAUGCUAUCUGGCACAAUAUUGGUUCGCUCAUGCAACAAGGCUCUGAUAUUGCACCGCAAGCACUUUCAACGAGGGUCGUAGCUGGAAUGUGGUGGUUCUUUGUACUUAUUAUGAUUUCCUCUUACACAGCCAACCUAGCAGCUUUUUUAACAAUGGACAGAAUGGAAGCCACCAUUGGAAGCGUUGAAGACCUUGCAAAUCAGAAUAAAAUUAAAUAUGGCGUACUCAAAGGAGGGUCUUCCGCUAAUUUCUUUAGGGAUAGUAAUGUGAGUCUUUACCAAAAAAUUUGGAGCCAAAUGGAAUCAGCUCGCCCCUCAGUUUUCACUAAGAGCAACGAUGAAGGAGUUGAAAGAGUAUUACGUGGUAAAAGAGCGUAUGCAUUCUUCAUGGAAUCAACAACUAUUGAGUAUCAGAAAGAGAAAUAUUGCUCAUUAAUGCAAGUUGGUGGCCUUCUCGAUUCCAAAGGAUACGGGAUAGCAAUGCCUUUCAAUUCACCUUACCGUAUUGCUAUCAGCGGUUCAGUUCUGAAAAUGCAGGAAUCCGGUAGGCUUCAACAAUUAAAGGAUAAAUGGUGGAAACACAGCGAGGAUAAAGCAGAUUGCCCGAAACCAGAUGAAGACGCUGCAAGUUCUUCAGAGCUGGGUAUAGCCAACGUGGGUGGUGUUUUCUUGGUUCUGUUGGUUGGUUGUGUCGCAGCAUUUUUUGUGGCAAUUUUAGAAUUUCUUUGGAAUGUCCGAAAAGUUGCAGUUGAAGAGAAGAUAUCACCAAGUGAGGCAUUUUUCCUUGAGCUGAGAUUCGCCAUUCAAUGUUAUGGCACAACUAAACCAGUUCGGAAACCGCAGGAAGAAUCUGUAGCCGAAGAAGAUUUAGCCGAUUGCCCUGAAAUCGAAGGCGUUGAAGAAGAGGAAGAAGAAGAUAGAGGUUUCUUUGGUGAUGAAAAUAUGGAAGAGGAAUACAUGCGUUUGAAUGGAUUUAGUAACAAUAUACGUGCAAAGAGCACUCAAUCCUAUUCAUAA